AGAUGGGCUGGCGCUGACGCUGCUGUGAUGUGGGUUCAACGCUCCUGUCUGUCACCACAAGAGAGCUCUUUAACUUCCUUGGGGGAAAAGCUUGCCCAAGCCAAGUUGUGUGUUUGUGUGAGAGGUUGACUGAUGAAGAGGUGGGAGUCUGGAAAUGACUGACAUUGUGCGCCUCCAACAAAUCUAAUUAGAAUGCCUGUCAGGAAGCGACGUGGUGGCUCACUGGGACCUUUGUUGCACAUCGCUACAGUCGACAUCAAAAACCCAGAGAUCAGCAGUGUCCACCGGCCCCCCCAACAACACUCAGAUUAACAGCAUGAUGCACUCCUCAUUCCCUAGGAGGAUCAAAAAAGACAAAGGGAGCAAGAAGAAGAAGAAGAAAAAGCUGACCAAGGCAGACAUCGGUACACCCAAUAACUUCCAGCACCUCGGUCACGCAGGAUGGAAUCCAAGGACAGGUUUGGAUUUGAAUGCUUUGGAUCCUGAGCUGAAGAACCAAUUCGACAUGGCUGGCAUUUCUGGGGCUGAGCUGAAGGACCCGAAGGUGUCUAAAGCCACCUGUCACUUCAUUGAUAAGAACGAGGGCGUGGAGGCAGCCAAAAACGAGGUACAGAGACAAGGACCUUCGUUGCACAUCGCUACAGCCAACAUCAAAAACCCAGAGAUCAGCGGUGUCCACCAUCUCCCUAACAACUCUCAGAUGAACAGCAUGGUGCACUCCUCAUUCCCUAGGGGGAUUAAAAAAGACAAAGGGUGCAAGAAGAAGAAGAAGAAGCUGACCAAGGCAGACAUUGGCACACCCAAUAACUUCCAGCACGUCAAUCAGGUCAGAUGGAAUCCAAGGACAGGUUUUGAUAUGAAUGCUUUGGAUCCUGAGCUGAAGAACCUGUUCAACAUGGCCGGUAUUUCUGAGGCUGAGCUGAAGGACCCAAAGGUGUCUAAAGCCAUCUGCGACUUCAUUGAUAAGAACGGGGGUGUGGAGGCGGUCAAAAACGAGGUAAAGAGACAAGGCACGUCAGCCACGUUGGAUGGAAUCCAAGCACGGGUUUUGAUCUGAAUAAUUUGGAUCCUGAGCUGAAGAACCUGUUUGACAUGGCCGGCAUUUCUGAGGCUGAGCUGAAGGAUAGGGAGACAUCUAAAGCCAUCUAUGACUUCAUUGAGAAGAACGGGGGUGUGGAGGCCGUCAAAAACGAGGUACGGAGACAAGCUCCCCCUGCCCCAUCCCAAUCACACUGCUCUGCUCCACCACCUCCUCCAUCCCAAGGUCCUGUGCAGGACACCCCGUCCCCUCCUCCUCCAUCCCGACCAGGCAUGUCUGCUCCACCACCUCCCCCAACCAAUCGAGGAGGACCCCCGCCUCCCACUGCACCAUCUCAUGCUUCCUUCUCUGUUGCCUCGCCGCCACCUCCUCCUUCUCCUCCUCCAGCUUCAAGUCACGGUGGCCCUACCUCACCACCUGGUUCUCCACCACCCAUGGAGGCUGACAGAGGGGACGAGUCAGUUCUGCUGAAUCAGAUCAGAGAUGGGACUGGAUGAAUGAGAACCUUCACCAGCAUAAUGCCUGUAUUGUUUUGUUUUGGGGGGGGUUAGUUAUUUACUUUUAUUUUUUUUUUUCUGUUUGUUUUUUCAACCUGUUCUGUCUUGGCAUUUGAAGCAGGAAGAGUGGUUGAUUUGGGUGACAUAAUGUGCCAGAGCAUUUAUAAUCUAAAGCAAGAGGGAUUUGAGAUAGCCCUCCUAUUGCGGUAAGCCUUUAGUAUGUAUGUGGCAUGUUAGAUCGCAUUGGGUUAUGUACCGAAGUGGACAGGCAGGGAGAAAAAUUACAUAAAUCAUAAACAAAAACAGACAACAAAUACACAGACAGGACAAAACUGAGGUCUUCAUAAAAGAAAAUCUAUAAGAAUAAGUGAAAUAGGAUAUUUGUUGUGGUAGUAGUGUGUGUGUGUGUGUGUGUGUGUGUGUGUGUGUGUGUGUGUGUGUGUGUGUGUGUGUGUGUGUGUGUGUGUGUGUGUGUGUGUGUGUGUGUGU